AUGGAGACGGAGAGUUGUUUGCCUUUCUCUUCGCAGACCAGCAGGAGGACGCCAGAAAACUCCCCGGGACUGGAGCACGGCGGCUCCGGCUCCUUUCUCCCCUGCGAUGAGCUGCAGAAACCCUCGCACCUUCCUCCUCCUCCUCCUCUCCCCCACCGCCUCAGCCUGCGCGGGGAUGUGUACGCCGCCGCCAUGGGGAGGUUUGGUGAUGCUGCGGCGGACUUUACGCACGGCGGUGCCCCGGCGAACCCGCCCGCCUCACCGUCCAAACACAGCAAGUUCUUGGAAAGUAUAAACCAGGAGCAGAAGGGAACAGCGAUAAGCGGCAAGCCGGCGUUUUAUGAAAACAAUUCGGAAGUCAGAGAGAAAGGAGCUCCAAAAACCAUGGGCUAUCCUGGGAUUGGCAUAGACUGUUGUGGCAAGCUGAAAGAGCCAGUCGGUUUACAGGGAGACUCUAUCGCUGACUCCAUUGAUUUAUCAGGCAAAAACAAGAAGCGGCGCAAUCGCACCACUUUCAGCACCUUUCAGCUGGAGGAGCUGGAGAAAGUGUUUCAGAAGACACACUACCCUGACGUGUAUGCCCGGGAACAGUUGGCACUGAGGACCGAGCUCACUGAGGCUCGGGUUCAGGUUUGGUUCCAGAAUCGUAGAGCCAAGUGGAGGAAACGGGAACGCUAUGGGAAGAUCCAGGAGGUCCGCAACCACUUUGCUGCUACUUAUGAUAUUUCUCUUCUCCCCCGCCAUGAUACAUAUCAGAUGCAGGGCAACCUGUGGCCAGGGCCAGCUUCAGGAGGAAGUGGUGGUUCAGGUGCUGGUUGUGUCCUAGGAGCUGACUCCAUUCCCUCAUCCUGCAUGAGUCCAUACCCUCACCCCCACAGCAACCUGCAGGGCUUCAUGGGUAUGCCCCCAUCCCCCAGCCACCCACACCACCACCACCACCACCACCACCACCACCAGUCUCACCAUCCGAGCAUCAAUGGCCUCUACUCGCUCCACAGCUUCCCAGGAGGCCUCGGGUCCCCUUCCAUCGAGGGUCCUGAGACCGAAUACAAGCCGACGGGCCUGGUGGCGCUGCGGAUGAAAGCCAAAGAGCCAGGCAGCAUCCUCUCCUGGCCUACAUGA